AUGGCGGACGUCGCUGCUGUUGAGAUUGAGGAGGGGGGGAUGAAGAAGACUGCUAAGGACUUAUUCGCUGGAGCUGCUGGAGGAAUUGCACAAGUACUGUUAGGCCAACCGUUUGACAUUGUCAAAGUGCGACUUCAGACCACAAACGCAUACCCCAACGCUCUUGUAGCAGCAAAAACGAUCUACGCCCAAGAAGGAGCUCUAGCGUUCUACAAAGGAACACUUACACCACUAAUUGGGAUUGGCGCCUGUGUAUCCGUCCAAUUCGGUGCCUUCGGUUUCGCCAAACGCUACUUCGAAAAUAAGAACUCCUCACUUACCUCACCCAGAUCCAGUUUGAGCUACUCUCAAUACUACGCAGCCGGAGCAUUUGCUGGUAUAGCAAACUCCGUAAUUUCAGGCCCAAUCGAACACGUAAGAAUCAGAUUACAGACCCAGCCACACGGCGAGAAAAGACUCUACUCCGGCCCAUUAGACUGUGUAAAGAAACUUUCCGCCCACGAAGGCGUGCUUAAAGGACUUUACCGCGGCGAAGCAGUAACCAUCCUGCGUGAGGCCCAGGCGUAUGGUGUUUGGUUCCUGAGUUUCGAGUAUAUGAUGAACGCAGAUGCAGCACGCAACAAGAUCGCUCGCAAGGAGAUUCCAAGUUGGAAGGUUGCUUUCUACGGUGGUCUGGCUGGUGAAGCGUUGUGGUUGGGAAGUUAUCCGUUUGAUGUUGUGAAGAGUAAGAUGCAAUCUGAUGGCUUUGGGAAGGAGAAGAAGUACGCUGGGAUGAGGGAUUGUUUUAAGCAGACUUAUAGGCUUGAGGGUGCGAGGGGUUUCUGGAAGGGAAUUGGUCCGACGUUAUUGAGGGCUAUGCCUGUUUCGGCUGGGACGUUUGCGGUUGUCGAGAUGACUAUGAGGGCGAUGAAUGGUUAG